CUCUGAGCCAUUUGCCCCGCAAUGCCCUGGGAGCGCGGGAGCAGAAGGUGCGCUCCCCUCAGGCCGCCAUGUUGGUACCUGCCCACAGGGACCUUCCCGCCCCUGCCGGAAGCCUCCGCGGCGCCAGGGCUGCUGAGGGCUCCGUGGGGACGUUGUCCCCUUCCUCCCCUGGAAGCCGGCGAGGCUCCCUGCGGGGCGGGGAAAACGGCAUCCACCUCCCCCCGCUGUGGGGGCGGGGAGCGGCGCCGGGCGGACUACAGCUCCCGAAGGGCUGCGGGCACCGAGGUGCCGGCGGCCUCGCUUCCUGCCCCGGGCUCACCUCGCCUCACGGGCCGGCGGCGGCGGGAGCCGAUGGAGGGCGCCGAGGAGGAGCCGCUGGUGCAGUGCCCCGUGUGCCAGCGGGAGCUGCUGGCCGCGCACAUCAACUCGCACCUGGACCGGUGCUUGGAGGCCGAGGAAGGCGAGGCGGAGCCAGGCUCGUCGCCUUCCUGCAAGCGGCCGCGCCUCGCCGCCGCCCCGCCGGGGAGCCAGCCGGCGGGGGAGCCGGAGGAGGCCCGCCCGGCCGCCGCCCCCCCCGUCUUCUCCCUCUUCCACAAGGGCCGCGGCGGCGGGCAGAGCCCGGGAGCCCCCGGCAGGAGGAGCGGGGCGGGGCGGGAGGAGGCCGCUGCGAAGCCGGAGGACGGAGGCUCGGCGGCGGGCAGCGGGGCGAGCCUGGCGCGGAAGCUGGAGGGGAAGCCGCUGGCCGAGCAGCUGCGGCCGGACACGCUGGGGGAUUACGUGGGGCAGGAGCGGGUGCUGGGGGCGCAGACCCUGCUGCGGUCCCUGCUGGAGUCCCACGAAAUCCCCUCACUCAUCCUCUGGGGGCCACCGGGCUGCGGCAAGACUACACUGGCACACAUCAUAGCCAACAGCAGCAAAAAGAACGGCACGAGGUUUGUGACGCUGUCUGCCACAAGUGCCAAGACAAAUGAUGUUCGAGAUGUCAUCAGCCAAGCCCAGAGUGAAAAAAGACUCUUCAAGAGAAAAACCAUUCUCUUUAUUGAUGAGAUCCAUCGUUUCAAUAAAUCUCAGCAGGACACUUUCCUUCCUCACGUCGAGUGUGGGACAGUGACCCUGAUAGGAGCAACCACAGAAAACCCUUCCUUCCAAGUCAACGCUGCUCUUCUGAGCCGAUGCCGGGUGAUCGUCCUAGAGAAGCUCUCAGUUGAAGCAAUGGAGGCGAUUCUGAUGCGGGCCGUCAGGUUCUUAGGGGUCCAGGUUUUGGGCCAGAGCAACCAGCACAGCAGCUCUGCGACUGGCAGCAGCAGCGAGAGCUCGGAAUUCCCAGUGUUCAUAGAGGAGAAAGCUCUAAAUACCCUAGCCUACCUUUGCGAUGGUGAUGCAAGGACUGGACUGAACGGACUCCAGUUAGCAGUUCAGGCCAGAUUAGCAGUGGGGAAGACUACUCCUUUGAAUAUUACCAAAGGUGGUUCUGUAGAUGGCAUUGUGAUAACAGAAGAGCAUGUAAAGGAAGGGCUACAGCGAUCUCACAUCCUCUAUGACCGAGCAGGAGAAGAACAUUACAAUUGCAUCUCUGCCCUGCAUAAGUCUAUGAGAGGCUCAGAUGAAAACGCUUCCCUUUACUGGCUUGCUCGAAUGCUUGAAGGUGGUGAGGAUCCACUCUAUGUGGCGAGAAGGCUGGUGAGGUUUGCAAGUGAAGAUAUAGGGCUGGCAGAUCCUCUGGCUUUAACACAAGCAGUUGCUGCUUAUCAAGGCUGUCACUUUAUUGGAAUGCCAGAAUGUGAGGUCAUUCUAGCACAAUGUGUAGUUUAUUUUGCCAGAGCACCAAAGUCUAUAGAGGUAUACAGGGCAUAUAACAAUGUCAAAGAAUGUCUGAGAAUGCACACAGGACCUCUGCCCCCUGUUCCGCUGCACCUGAGAAAUGCCCCAACAAGGCUCAUGAAGAACUUGGGCUAUGGUAAAGGCUAUAAAUACAACCCCAUGUACAAGGAACCUGUAGACCAGGACUAUCUACCAGAAGAGUUGAAAGGAACAGACUUCUUCAAGGAACGAAAAACGUGAUGGCCUUGCUCUGAAUGGGUUUUGAUUUUAUGACUCGUGUAUUUGUACUGGGAUGGAAAUUGCCCUUAUAGUUUCAGCCAUCUGUUACUGUGGUUGAAAGUAUUAAGCCACUGAGCCUUUUAGAUACUUUCUUAUCCUUCUGGUUUUACUGCUGUUAUUCUGAAGGUGUUUUGUAAAGAAUUGCAGUUUAGGCAGUAUAGAAAUUAAAAAAUAAGCUUUAUCAGUAUAGUGGUGUCACCCUCUGGUUCAAAUGAAAUGGAGAAACAAUGAAAGACUUGUAUUUCUGGCUCUUGCUGUGAGACAAGGAAUAUUACUGUGCUGCUUUUUAAAAUCAAUAUCUAUUUCAGAUUUUGAGAAUGUUUAUUUUCUGGAAAAAUAGUAAAUUGUACCCCCCUGCUAAAAUAUGGUAAACAAAAUAUAAUUACAGUGUAAUUCUUGCAUUUAUGAUGUUCCAGAGGCUAAUUUUGUACAACAACAUUUAUUAAACCAAUAAAGUUGUUAAAAAUA